CCUACACCGGCCGGCUUUGUAGUAUACCAGCAAGAGCAGCCGAGCAUUCCCGGUCUGCCUGCUCGUGACGUCGGUGGAGACUCCGCCCAGUCCCGGUCGGGCUCGGCUCCCGGGAGCGCUGGGCGGAGCGGAGAGCAGCAGUGGCAGCACCAGCACAGUUCCCGGGCCGAGUCGACAUCAGCUGGGGACGGCUGGGCGACUGCGACGACAACAGGAAUUGGUAGCUGUCUGUAGCACAACUGCAAUCUAAGUAAAGAGAUCUGGAUAGACUGGAAAGCUACAGGAAAGAUGAUUGUGAGUUGAAAGGUGUACUGCUUUACAUCAGGAAGAGUUGAGCAAAGGAAGAAAAGACAAGUUGUUCUGGAAAUAGAUCACUCCUCAAAAUGGAGGAUGGGAAGCCUGUCUGGGCUCCACAUGCAACUGAUGGAUUUCAGAUGGGAGCCAUUGUGGAUAUCGGCCCUGACACCUUAACUAUUGAACCUUUAAAUCAAAAAGGCAAGACCUUUCUCGCUGCUAUCAACCAAGUAUUUCCUGCUGAGGAAGACAGCAAGAAAGAUGUAGAGGAUAACUGCUCGUUAAUGUAUUUAAAUGAAGCCACACUCCUGCACAAUAUAAAAGUCCGAUACAGUAAGGACAGAAUUUAUACAUAUGUAGCCAACAUCCUGAUAGCAGUGAACCCUUACUUCGACAUACCUAAACUUUAUUCUUCAGAUGCUAUUAAGAAGUAUCAUGGUAGAUCACUUGGCACUCUACCACCACAUGUCUAUGCAAUUGCCGAUAAAGCUUUUCGUGACAUGAAGGUGCUCAAGAUGAGUCAGUCGAUCAUUGUGUCUGGAGAGUCAGGAGCUGGCAAGACAGAAAACACUAAAUUUGUUUUACGGUAUUUGACUGAAUCCUAUGGCAGUGGGCAAGAUAUUGAUGACAGAAUUGUAGAGGCCAAUCCACUUCUAGAAGCAUUUGGAAAUGCGAAGACUGUUCGUAACAACAACAGUAGUCGAUUUGGAAAAUUUGUAGAAAUACAUUUCAAUGAAAAGAAUUCAGUUGUUGGUGGAUUUGUGUCACAUUAUCUGCUGGAGAAAUCCAGGAUCUGCGUUCAAGGUAAAGAGGAAAGGAAUUACCAUAUCUUCUACAGGCUUUGUGCAGGAGCCACUGAAGAUAUAAGAGAGAAACUGUAUUUAUGUUCACCAGAUAAUUUUAGGUAUUUAAACCGUGGCUGCACACGCUACUUUGCUACCAAAGAAACAGAUAAGCAAAUUCUACAGAAUCGCAAAAGUCCUGAGUAUCUGAAAUCAGGCUCUUUGAAGGAUCCCCUGCUAGAUGACCAUGGAGAUUUCAACAGAAUGUGCACUGCAAUGAAGAAGAUUGGUUUGGAUGAUGAAGAGAAACUUGAUCUUUUCCGAGUGGUGGCUGGGGUCCUACACCUUGGAAAUAUUGAUUUUGAAGAAGCUGGCAGCACUUCUGGUGGGUGUACCUUGAAGAAUAAAUCUAGCCAGUCACUAGAAUACUGUGCAGAAUUGCUUGGUUUGGACCAGGAUGAUCUGCGUGUUAGCCUAACCACCAGAGUCAUGCUGACAACAGCAGGGGGCACCAAAGGAACAGUUAUAAAAGUACCCUUGAAAGUGGAACAGGCAAACAAUGCACGUGAUGCCUUGGCAAAAACUGUCUAUAGUCAUCUUUUUGACCAUGUAGUAAACAGGGUAAACCAAUGUUUUCCUUUUGAGACUUCAUCUUUUUUUAUCGGAGUCCUGGAUAUUGCAGGUUUUGAAUAUUUUGAACACAACAGCUUUGAACAGUUCUGCAUUAACUACUGUAAUGAGAAGCUGCAGCAGUUCUUUAAUGAAAGGAUUCUCAAAGAGGAACAAGAACUUUAUCAGAAAGAAGGCUUAGGUGUCAAUGAAGUGCGCUAUGUAGAUAAUCAAGACUGUAUAGAUUUGAUUGAAGGAAAACUAAUUGGUGUCCUUGAUAUUUUGGAUGAAGAAAAUCGUCUUCCUCAGCCAAGUGACCAGCACUUUACAUCUAUGGUACACCAGAAACACAAAGACCACUUCAGACUCUCAAUACCCAGGAAAUCUAAAUUGGCUGUACAUAGAAAUAUCCGAGAUGAUGAGGGCUUCAUUAUCAGACAUUUUGCAGGAGCAGUAUGUUACGAGACGACCCAAUUUGUGGAGAAAAACAACGAUGCCCUGCACAUGUCUCUUGAGUCCCUUAUAUGUGAAUCCAAAGACAAAUUUAUUCGGCAACUCUUUGAAUCCAACACAAACAACAACAAGGAUUCUAAACAAAAAGCUGGAAAACUUAGUUUCAUCAGCGUGGGAAACAAGUUCAAGACUCAGCUAAACUUGCUACUGGAAAAGCUUCGUAGUACUGGGUCUAGCUUUAUUCGCUGUAUCAAGCCUAAUUUAAAGAUGACAAGUCAUCAUUUUGAAGGUGCCCAGAUCCUGUCCCAACUCCAGUGUUCAGGCAUGGUAUCUGUUUUGGACCUGAUGCAAGGUGGUUUCCCAUCUCGAGCUUCCUUCCAUGAACUGUAUAACAUGUACAAAAAGUAUAUGCCUGCAAAACUGACUCGACUGGAUCCUAGACUCUUCUGCAAGGCACUCUUCAAAGCCCUCGGGCUAAAUGAAAAUGAUUAUAAAUUUGGAUUAACUAAAGUGUUUUUUAGACCUGGCAAGUUUGCAGAGUUUGAUCAGAUCAUGAAGUCAGACCCAGAUCAUCUUGCUGAGCUGGUUAAACGAGUCAACCAUUGGCUUAUCUGCAGUCGUUGGAAGAAGGUUCAGUGGUGUGCUCUGUCGGUUAUUAAAUUGAAAAAUAAAAUAAAAUACAGAGCUGGUGCUUGCAUUCAAAUACAGAAGACUAUUCGUAUGUGGCUGUGCAAGAGAAAGCAUAAACCACGCAUUGAUGGCCUAAUAAAAGUUUGCACUCUGAAGAAGAGGCUUGAUAAAUUCAAUGAAGUAGUAAGUGCUCUGAAAGAGGGGAAAGCAGAAGUGAACAAGCAGAUCAAGGAUCUUGAAAUGUCUAUUGAUGCUUUGAUGAUCAAGAUUAAGACUACUAUAAUGCCUAGAGAUCAGAUCCAGAAGGAGUAUGAUGCUCUACUUAGAAGCUCAGAACAGCUUCUGAGUGCACUACAGAAAAAGAAACAACAGGAAGAGGAAGCAGAGAGGCUGCGGCGCAUCCAGGAGGAAAUGGAAAAAGAGAGGAGAAGACGUGAGGAGGAAGAGCAGCGCCGAAAGAAGGAAGAGGAGGAAAGGCGGCUGAAGUAUGAGAUUGAAGCAAAGAGAAAACAAGAGGAGGAAGAGAGGAAAAAAAGGGAAGAGGAAGAAAGACGAAUUCAGGCUGAAGUUGAGGCACAGCUGGCAAUAGAACGCGAAGAGGCAAGCCAGCAGCAGGCAGUGUUGGAGCAAGAACGCAGAGACCAUGAGCUUGCCAUGAGAAUUGCCCAGAGUGAGUCAGAGCUCAUCAACGAUGAAUCUCAGCUGGACCUAGGAUUGCGCAGAGCCAAUGGAACGAGCUCUCAAAUGACUGCGGAGCAAAUGGCCAAAGAAAUGUCAGACAUUAUAUCUAGGGGACCUUCAGUUCAAGCUACCAAAGCUGCCGCUGGCACUAAAAAGCAUGACCUUAGCAAAUGGAAAUAUGCAGAGCUACGUGAUACAAUAAAUACCUCUUGUGAUAUUGAACUGCUGGCAGCUUGCAGAGAAGAGUUUCAUCGGCGGCUAAAAGUUUACCAUGCGUGGAAGUCCAAGAAUAAGAAGCGCAAUGCAGAAACGGAACAGCGUGCUCCCAAAUCUGUAACUGACUAUGAUUUUGCACCAUUUUUGAACAACUCAACUCAACAAAACCCAACAAGUCAAUUGACUGUGAAGCAACAGGAGGUUGAAAUGAAUCGGCAGCAGCGUUACUUCCGUAUUCCUUUCAUACGCCCAGCAGACCAGUACAAAGAUCCCCAGAACAAGAAGAAGGGCUGGUGGUAUGCGCACUUUGAUGGACCAUGGAUUGCUCGUCAAAUGGAACUUCAUCCUGAUAAGCCACCCAUCUUGCUAGUGGCUGGCAAGGAUGACAUGGAGAUGUGCGAGCUUAAUCUUGAAGAGACUGGCCUGACUCGGAAGCGUGGUGCUGAAAUUUUGCCGAGGCAGUUUGAAGAGAUUUGGGAGCGCUGUGGAGGUAUCCAGUAUCUUCAAAAAGCAAUUGAGAGCAAGCAAGCUCGGCCUACGUAUGCAACUGCUAUGCUGCAGAACCUGUUGAAAUGAAGAGUAACUUUGCACGUUUGCAAUUGGUGUUGAGAACUUCUCCUACCUUAACAAUAAAGGGAAGAGUUCCUUUGAGCAACAGGGGACACUUAAACAUUCUAUAACCACAUAGAGAUGUUUAAUAUAAACAAAUUUUAUUAAUUGUGGCAGUUGUUAAUUUGUACUUGUUUUAAUUUGUGUAGUGAAUCCACUAGUUCUGUGGAUCUAGGCAUUUGUUCCAGUCAGGUAUAUGGUUUUGCUUUUGUCCAUACAUUAACUCUCCAUAUAAGGUCUCUCAUAACACUAAUAAUAUAAGUAGAGUAACACUACUGGAAUAUCAUACUUAAUAUGAUGAACUGCAUUUUGAUUUCCUCUGGCAACAUACUUCCUUUUGUAAUCCCCCAGAAUGUUAAUUUCUUCAGGAAAGUGUAUUAAAAAUGAGUAUGUUGCUUCUUAGAACUGGAAUUGUGAGGCCUUAAUGUUAACUUCUUUUUGUAAAGAAGUUAAAGCAAACUUUUAUGAGAGUUUAGUGCAGAUUUUGAAAGCUGUUCAACAUCUAUAUAUUACAAAAUGCAUUUUGGGAAAUAUGUCUUAAGUAGAUUGCAAGGUUUCAUCAUACAUUAUGAAAACAGGACACAUGUUUUGAAGUACUUUUGGAAAGGAGGCACUGAAACAUUGUAAUGCACAUUUUAGCAUUUGUGUUUGUCAUUUCUGCUCCACACCUUUUUUUUAAACACAACUUUUUAAAUUUUACAGUACUUUAGGCACAAGUCUUCAUUUUUAUUUUUCUCCCGCAAGUUGAAUAUCUUUCGUUAAUUUUACCCAAGAUUUAUCUCUAGGACUAAGACCCACCAUAUAAGGGAGUUGGGUUCAGUUUUCCAUGGCAGCAAAGCCUACUUGGCCUGUUGUAGGCUGAAUGUUGUAAUUCCUUUGUACUUCUGUGAAAUGCACAUGGAUUAGGUGGUUUCUAGCAGAAUCUUUCACACUCUUGAUGAGUGGCACAGUCCUGGAAUUUCUAAUUACCAAUACGUCCCUUCAGUGGAUCAACUUCCUAGUGUUAAAAGUAAUAAACUUUUUCUUCUAAUCUUCUGGAUCUUUUUUUGUAGCUAAUCUCCCAGCUUCAGGCUAUGCGAGUUCCUUUUUUUGCCAUGGUACUCUUGAUGAUUAAAAUUCUUAUGUAUAACAAUUACUUGUUUCACACAGAUUUAAGUUGCCUUUUAUUGAUGUCACCAGAUAGCCCUAAUGCUGGCUAAUAUCAACAGAUUAAACCCUGGUAUUAUCUCAGUGUUAGGAGAUUUAUGGAAAUAAGGAAAUAUCCAGUUUCAAAAAAACUACUGCCCCUCUUAAGAGUAGAAUCUCUCUGUGGAAACUGUUGAGCAGAGCUUUCCUUCCUUUAUUUCUCUUAAAAAGCUAAUUAUAUUUCUGGGUUCUGAUUAUUUAAAUCUUCAGAUACAUUUUAUAAAUACACUGUUAUCCCUGCCUUCUGUCACAGCAUGUCUGUUGGCAAAAAUACUCUUCAUGUCUUGGCAAUCCUAGAAAUAAAACGGUAAAAGUAAAGAACUAGUUGCCUCUGACUCGCAGCGUCCAAGAUGGUAGAGAGGGAAUGUGAACACUGAACAGAUUUGUAGUCUUCUAGGAUAGGAUAUUGCCCCCCAAUUAUUUAGGCUUUGGAAUGCUCAUCCAGUUCCAUCCUCACUUACACCUAAAAAGACAGCUCACAUAUCCUUGUAUACCAACUCAACAGGUGGUUGGCCUUGGCAGCCUUAGUCACCACCAGGGAUAGGAUACAUUUCACCAUCUCUGCCCACCCACCACCCCCACAAAUGGAUUGGCAUUGUCAAAGCUGGCGGUACUGUCUGAUAUGUCAUCUUGGUCCACCAAGGAGAACCAUGGCUUGUGUCCAAAGAACGCCUUUUACAAGUGGAACACACUUUUUCUUGCACUAUAUACCUCUAACUUGAUUUUCCUGGCUCACAUCAUGUACCAUUCUGGAGGAUCCUCUGAUCCUCAGCUUCAGCUUUUGUGGUGGCACAAGGGGGAAGGAGAUGACAAAAAAGUCGAGUUGCACAAAUGCAACUCCACUUGAGGUCCUUAGGAUCCAAGCCUAAAAAUGCAGUCCUGUCUUCUGGAUGUGGAGAUGUAGCAAUAGGACCUAUACACUUUGUCAUAUGUCACUGUGGCUUAGAUGCCUACUUCUGCACUUAGAGAAUCCUCAAAGUGGGGUGAUGGCAAACAAGAUGAGUAGGUACUACUAAACAUUACUUAGAGUGAUAACUUGUUGAACAGGUCAUAGUGGAUGACACCCUCUGACUGCCAGUCAAUAGACUAUGAGGAAUGCAUGUGUAAUGCAUAUAUUGAACUCAAAGAUUUCUCUUUCUACCAGCAGCUCAGAUGUCUGGCUAUAUUUUCCAUGCCUUAUUUGUUACAGUUAAUGCACCUGCCUAUAGCAAAGACAUUGAAGAUGGGUCCGAUCCAGCUAAAGUUAUUCUUUAACUUGUUCCAUUGGCUUCAAUGGGACUUUGGGCCAAACUAGAGGUGCCAUGGGAGAGUCACGAGCAGCCUCCCAACAAUUGUAUUUUACAACUGAAAUGCAGCCACAGGAAACUGUGAGCUUGAUUGGAGCAAUAGUGGGAGGAAGGGCUCCUAACCCUUUCCCCAUGAUCCUUUUCCCGAUCAACACUGCCCUCUUCAGCCUCCUUUUUUUCAUACUGGGGAAAGAAUGCAGAGACCUAAAGCUCAUGUGUUUUCCACAGCAUAUCUUGUUUGAAAAUGAAUUAUGACUGUGGUUGGAUCAGAGCCAAUAGCCAUAAUUGUAUUUGGUUGUGAACUGAAAUUGUAUUCAGUUAUGAACUAAUUGUGUAUUUCAGUUCUAGAAUGGCUUAUUUUAGAUUUGAUUGUGCGCAUUUGUGUGCACUUGGAUAAUGUAGCAAUCUGUAUGGUGUUAAGGUUUAGAGAAAGGGGAGAGGGAUCUAUUUAUUUAGUCAAAAAGGAAUGGAUGGAUGUUGUAUAUUCACAUCCUUCACCCUUCUGAGAAAAGGGGAAGGCACACUCUGAUUUUAAAAAUGUCAUUUUCUUAUCUGUGACUUGAUCUGAUUCUUAUCAGUCUAGUUUUUGAGAAGAGCUGUCUUAGAAUGCACCAUUUGAAAUCUCACUUAAGCCUUUGGGAGUGGGAUCUAGCUGACUGCUGCCCCCUGACUUUCAUUGGCCUUUAUGGGGGCCACUUCUUCUAAACAUUCACAUCAGCUAUGCGUGGCAAAUGUGUAGAAAGUGAGUUUUCUUUCCCCCUUUUUAAAAUCUGUGUGGGCCAGGACUUGUGUUUGUUUAAAAGGGAAAAGUGUACAUAAGCAUGUGCCAUUCAUAAUUCACAACAUACGUUUUGUACUUGGGUGUAUUGAACCUGUGUACAAAAUGUAUUCUAGGGAAGUGGUCAUGAAAUGCAACACCAAACACUUGCUUGCCUGUGAUAUCAUUUUCUUUGGAGUUAGCUGGUGAAUACAGCAUCCUGCUCCACCCCUGUAUGUUCUGUAUGGACACAUCAGCAUGAAAAUUAAUAGAAAACCAACAUUUGUUUUUCGAGGGAAGGCAAGUUAAGCUAUUCCUUGCAGCUAGGAAUUUGUCUUUCCUGUUGUGUUCUUAUUCACUGUCUGUCUUUCUGAUGUGGAAACUCUAGAAAGGGCUGUACACAUGUGCACAGAUCACUUCAUAAUACUUGAAUUGUGUUGAGAGGUUAUGAGGUGAUAAGAUUUGUGAUGGCUGUUUCACAUGUGCAGAACGUUACUGGCUUAGUAACUAGGCAAUGAAAAUGCAGAUGUGGAUCUCUCCCAAGUCUCAGGAUGUAGCAGUGCUAUUCAUAUGACCAAGAACACAAACAUGCACACCACUUAUAAGUGGCCCUUCAGACAACAUAUUCCAUUGGGAAUAUGUUCAUCUUCUGUGGUUUACACCUAUUGUGUCUCUGAGUUUUUUUCCUCCUAAAUUGUUUCAAAUACUUUGUCAAAGUACCUUAAUUAUGUACUGAAAAAGCAGCAAAAUAAAUACACUUCUGUUGACCUGUC